AUGGGACGAGGAGGAGGUCGCGGCGGCGGUCGCAAACCAUUCCGCGGCAAGAAUAAAGGUGGACGCGGCGGCGGCGGUGGAGGACGAGAUACUCGCACUGAGCCAUGGUCUACAAUUGAGCGCAAGAAUGAGCUCUUUGAGAGCUACUAUCGCAUGGGAGGCUUUUUGGACGAGGCAGAAUUUGAGGAAAUGUGGAAAGCUCUCCAAGCAGACUUGCCCAACAGCUUCCGUUUUACUGGUACAAAGUCUGAUGCUCUCGCCGUGCGUGAGAUCUUCAAGCAGCGAUAUGUUCCAGCGAUUGCGUCCAAGCAUUUCGAGGGCAAGCCAGUCUCGCCCCCCGAACCAGUAGCGGCCUUUCCUGACGAGCUUGUAUGGCACAUGAAGACUCACAAGAAGAUCAUUCGACGACAUGCGCCUUUUGCGGAUUUCCAGAAAUUCCUCGUUGCCGAAGCCGCCUCGGGAAACAUCAGCCGACAAGAAGUUGUCAGUAUGAUCCCACCACACUUUCUCGAUGUGAAGCCGGGUAUGGUGGUUCUCGACAUGUGCGCAGCACCAGGUAGCAAGUCGGCGCAGCUGGCUGAAAUGAUUCAUGGCGAUGAGGAGGAGAGGGUGCAGCGGGUAGCGAAUGGCGAGUCUGUCGAUCUCAGCGCAGACGGCGACUACAGCGAUGAUGGACGCUCGACAGGUCUGCUCAUUGCCAACGAUUCUGACUACAAGCGCGCCGGCAUGUUGGUUCACCAGGUCAAGCGACUCAACUUCCCGAACCUGAUCGUGACGCAACACGAUGCAUCGAUAUUCCCCUCGAUCGAGCUACCCAGCCAGGGCGGCAAGAAGCAGUACCUAAAGUACGACAGAAUCUUGGCCGACGUACCCUGCUCUGGUGAUGGCACAGCUCGCAAGAACCCCAAUGUGUGGCAGAAGUGGACACCCAAGGACGGCCUUGGUCUGCAUGGUCUUCAGCUUCGCAUCUUGUUCAGAGGUCUACAAAUGCUGAAGAAGGGAGGUCGUAUGGUAUACUCUACCUGCAGUAUGAACCCUGUUGAAAACGAGGCCGUCGUUGCAGCAGCCAUCGAGGCUUGUGGUGGAAACGCCAAGGUCAAACUCGUCGACUGCUCAGACCACCUCCCGAACCUCAAGCGCAAGCCGGGCCUUAACUCAUGGAAGGUCCUCGACACUUCAUCUGUGACUGCCGGUGGAGAAAAGACUGCUCACAUGUUCACCAAUUGGGAGGCGUACCAGAAGGCAAGGACCAAGUACGAGACUGAGGAGCCUGAACGCCAGUUCUCUACCAAGGUCACUCCCAGCUGCUUCCCUCCUAUUGCCAAGUCCGAGGAAGAGCGCAUCCCUCUUGAGCACUGCAUACGGGUCUACCCACAUUUGCAGGACACUGGUGGUUUCUUCAUUGCUAUUCUUGAGAAAUUAGAUGAUAUCAAGAUUGCGCAAUUACAAAGCCCAGAGACCCUCAACAAGGGCGAUAGGGCACAAGCUGAGACGACAACCGACUCUUCUGUUCCGACACCAGCGGAGAAUGUCAUUGAAGCGGACGCUACAAAGACAGACACCGCAGAUGACGCCUCUGAUAUUUCGGCCCCUCUCAAGCGCAAGCUGGAAGAGACCGAAGACACUGAAGCGCCAAAGAAGGUCAAGACCGAUGAUGCUGCGGAGAAUGCAGUUGCAUCAGCCCCAGCUACCGAGUCUGUUACAAACGGCUCCAAAUCCGCGGUUUCCAAGGGAGCCAGCCUCAAGCCUGAGAACCAGAACCAGGCCAAGGAGUACUUUGAGUACCUUUCUCCUGAUGACGCGACCAUUGCCUCCAUCUUGGACUUCUUCGGCAUCGACGAGCGUUUCCCGCGCGACCGCUUCAUGGUCAAGAACAAGGAGGGCCUCUCCCUUAACAAAAUCUACUACACUUCUGCUUUCGCAAAAACCAUCAUCUCGCAGAACAAAGACCGUGGCAUGAAAUUCAUCCACUGCGGCGUCGUCAUGUUCGUCGCACACAAGAUCAAGGAUCUAGACCGCACACAAGCCCCAUGGCGCCUCCAAAACGAAGGUAUCCGCAUCCUCGAGCCCUGGGCCAAAAAGCGCAUCGUCAAGCUAGAAAAGAAGGAAACCCUUCACCAGCUUAUCCGCGAAAUGUUCCCCAAGCUCCCCAAAGAAGGGGACACUGGCCUCGGCGAGGUCGGCGAACAGCUCCAGAAAAUGGACGUUGGAUGCUGCUUUGUCCGCGUGGAGAAGGACGAGGAGCAAGGUAUUCCGUUCCGUAUGGUACUGCCUCUUUGGAGACAUCCAGGCAGUGCGAAUCUCAUGGUUGACAAGGAUGAUCGCAAGGCUAUGCUUUUGAGAUUGUUCAAUGAGAAGGAUACCGAGAUUAUCAAUCAUGUUGCUGAUAAGGCGAAGGCGGAGAUGCAGGCUAAGGAGGCGGAGGAAGCGGCUGAGGAGGCUGCUGAGGAGGCUGCUGAGGAGGCAAAUGGAAGUGAUAAGGAAGGCGGUGUCAGUCUUGAUGCAGCGGACGGAGAAGAUGUGAAAAUGGGUGAGGAUGCCUAG